AUGGCUAAAGAUCAGCAUGGAUGCAGAUUCUUGCAGAGGAUCUUUGAAGAUGGAAGUGGUUUAGAUGCUAUGAUCAUUUUCAAUGAGUUGAUCCCUCAUGUUGUUGAGCUUAUGAUGGAUCCUUUUGGGAAUUACUUGAUGCAGAAACUUUUAGAUGUUUGUAAUGAAGAACAAAGAACACAGAUCAUACUCAUGGUUACUUCAGAGCCUGGUCAGCUUAUUCGAAUAUCACUCAACGCUUACGGUACUCGAGUUGUUCAGAGAUUAGUGGAAUCAAUCGAGACUAGGAAGCAGAUUACUUUGGUGAAGACAGCUCUGAGACCUGGAUUUCUCAAUCUCAUUAGGGAUUUAAAUGGGAUUCAUGUAAUUCAACGUUGCUUACAGUGCCUUAGUACAGAAGAUAACGAGUUCAUCUUUGAAGAUGCUACAAAGUACUGUAUAGAUAUCGCGACACAUCGACACAGAUGCUGUGUGUUACAAAAGUGCAUUGCUUAUUCCAGUGGACAACAUAGAGAGAAGCUUGUAACAGAGAUAUCAAGAAACAGUCUCUUCCUUGCUCAAGACCCUUACGGGAACCAUCUCAGCAAUGAACGUGUGCCAACUGAGCUAAAGAUACAGCAACAGAUUGAUGAAGACCACACACUAACUCAACUCGCAAACUCUAAUUCUAGGACUAAUUAG